UUAAGUAACCGCUGAGAGCUCAGCGGUGCCAGCGGACCAGCGGUUCAGCUGGCAGGUCGGCCCUAGAUCACAUGUUCCCCGGCAGCCUUUCAUUGGAUCAGGGUUCGGGCCAGGACCACGCUGACGCCGGGACGCUUUUAGUCCCCUAAUCCCACGCCGGGGGCCUCAGGUCUGCAGUGGGAGACCAGUCUUCAGCAGCCGACCGGAGAGGACAUGCAGGGACGGAGAUGAGGACUCGGUUGUUGGGCUCGUCUCGGGUCACGUUUCCAUGACGACCAUGCAGCCAUGCGGCGGCUGCAUCCCCUGGACGUGGAUACUUUUCCCCUGAAGCGAUGGGUCAGACGCAGGCCGGCAGCGGCCAGGAGGUGAGUCUCCAGAACAUCCAGGAUCUCUACCGUAAGUUCGCCGACGAGUGUCCGAGCGGAGACCUGCACCUGCACGAGUUCAGGAGGAUCUUCGGAGUCAACAGCAGCUCGUCGGAGGAGGAACUGGCCUACGUGGAGACCGUGUUCCGCUCCUUCGACGUUAACAAGGACGGGAAGAUCGACUUCAUGGAGUACGUGGCGGCGGUGAACCUGGUCCUCCGAGGGAAGCUGGAGGACAAACUCAAAUGGUCCUUUAAGGUUUAUGACAGAGAUGGAAACGGCUCCCUGAACAGGCAGGAGGUGCGACUCGUUGUCAAGAUUAUCAAUAAGAUCCGAAAGCUGGAUGAUCCAAGCAGGGUCCAGGAGAACAUUGACGUGAUAUGUGACCGGAUAUUUGAACUGGUGGACAAGAACAAAGACAGUCAGAUUUCCUUGGAGGAGUUCAUGGAAGGUGCAGAGAAGGACCCCUGGGUGAUGGACCAGCUCAAACUGGACAUCCGGCCCUCAGACUGGUUCCUCAAACGUCUCUGAGCUGGCGGUGAAGAACCAGGUUUACACCCGGACUCAGAUCCUAGAUUCACGAGGGAAAGCGGACAGGACUCUUACCUCAAUCAUUGAACAAUGUUUUUCUUUUUAUCCGUAUAUUUAUUUACAUCUAUAUAAAACUAUUCAUACAAUAUGGUCAGAGACUCCUUCAGACCACCAAGGGAGAUCCUUCAGACCACCAAGGGAGAUCCUUCAGACCUCUACAGGAAAUCCUUCAGACCUCUACCGGAGAUCCUUCAGACCUCUACCGGAGAUCCUUCAGACCUCUACAGGAGAUCCUUCAGACCUCUACCGGAGAUCCUUCAGACCUCUACAGGAGAUCCUUCAGACCUCUACAGGAGAUCCCUCAGACCUCUACAGGAGAUCCUUCAGACCUCUACAGGAGAUCCUUCAGACCUCUACAGGAGAUCCUUCAGACCUCUACAGGAGAUCCUUCAGACCUCUACGGGAGAUCCCUCAGACCUCUAUGGGAGAUCCUUCAGACCUCUAUGGGAGAUCCCUCAGACCUCUAUGGGAGAUCCUUCAGACCUCUAUGGGAGAUCCCUCAGACCUCUACAGGAGAUCCUUCAGACCUCUACAGGAGACCCUUCAGAUCUGUACAGGAGAUCAUUCAGACCUCUACCGGAGAUGAUUCAGACCUCUAUGGGAGAUCCUUCAGACCACCACAAGGAGUGAUCCA